CAGCACAUGUUCCAGCAAUCAUCAAACAUGUAACACGGCUGUCCAAAUCUACAAUUCAUUCAGUUAGUAACUACUAGUUAUUAACUGAUCUAUCUCAUUUUAGAUUAAAGUCGGCUUAGUCGGGUUAAAUGUUUUAACUUGUGCUGUUAUGUGUUUUUCCCCACUAGGUGGUGCACAUUAUCAGUUUUAUUUUCUUGAGCGGCUCAGGUAUCAGCACUGUGCAAAGCUAAUGCACAGUCACAAGGCUGUCAGAAUAUGCGGGCGCCGAUGACUCGUCGUCGUCCGUGGUUCAAUCUACAGAGAGCUCGGAACGCGCGCUUCAGCAGCGCCACGAGUCUGAGCGGUAGAACCAAGGUACCAGUGGAGUAUUUCUGAACUUGUGUUAUUUACAGUCUGAACACAGAAACACCCCGGCUGGUGGAUGUGUGGAGAGUAACAUUUAAUAUGACGAGAUAAGGAAUCUAAAGCCAUCUGCUCGUUCUUUCUGUCGGGAUCACAAUGCAGUUACUUGUACUUGCAGCAGCGUUUCUCUUUACGCACGACUUCACCGGAGCUGUGCGCUCUGACAAGCUGUGCACCUCCCGGUGCGACGUGAGCUCGUGUCCGAGCCCCAGCUGUUCCGGCGGGUACGUCCUGGACAGAUGUAACUGCUGCCUGGUGUGUUCGCCGCGGGAGGGAGACCCCUGUGGCCGCAAAAACGACCUGCCCUGCGGGGAUGGCCUGGAGUGCAAGCUGGUCGCCGCGGGGAGGCGGCGAGGCUCCAAGCGGGUCUGCCGGUGUAAGACCGAGCAUGAGAUGUGUGGAAGUGACGGGAAAACGUACGGUAAUGCGUGUAAGAUGACUGCAGCCAGCCGUAAAGCCCAGCAGCAGGGGAGACCAGCAGUUAGUCUUGCGCACGAUGGACCCUGUUCAGUCGCAGGUCAUUCCCUGCUCCGUCCUGGGAGUCCUCGCUACAAGUUCAAUUUCAUUGCUGAUGUGGUGGAGAAAAUAGCACCUGCCGUUGUCCACAUUGAACUGUUUCUAAGGCAUCCUCUGUUUGGUCGUCACAUGCGUCUCUCCAGUGGCUCUGGUUUUAUCGUGACCCACUCAGGUGUGAUUGUGACCAACGCUCACGUGGUAACCACAGCUGCCACGGCGUCGGGGAGGCCCCAGCUGCGUGUGCAGCUCCACGACGGCGACGCGUAUGAGGCUGUGGUCAGAGAUAUAGACAGGAAGGCUGACAUCGCCACAAUCAAGGUCAAUCCUCAGAAGAAGCUUCCUGUGUUGUCUCUGGGCCGUUCAGCUGACCUGAGACCAGGGGAGUUUGUGGUUGCUAUUGGCAGCCCUUUCGCCCUGCAGAACACCGUCACCACCGGCAUCGUCAGCACCGCCCAGAGGGACGGCAAGGAGCUGGGCAUCGAGGACUCAGACAUGGACUACAUCCAGACUGACGCUAUUAUUAAUUACGGAAACUCCGGAGGACCUCUUGUUAACUUGGAUGGCGAGGUGAUUGGCAUCAACACUCUGAAAGUGACAGCGGGGAUCUCCUUCGCUAUACCCUCAGACAGAAUCAGUCGCUUCCUCACAGAGUCACAGGCCAAACACAGCAAAGUUGUUGCUGUUGUUGCUGGAACAGAAAAGACAAGACUGCAGCGAAGACUUACAGAGGAACCACAGUCGGAUGCAGAGUUCUCUGAAGUGAAGAGACGUUUUUUAGGCAUCAGGAUGCUUACUGUCACCAAAGCUCUAUUAUCCCAGUUGAAACGUCAGUAUCUGGACUUUCCUGAGGUCAGCAGUGGAGUUUUGGUGCAACAGGUCAUACCUGACACUCCAGCACAAAAAGGAGGGAUUAAGGAGGGUGACGUUAUAGUCAAACUAAACGGACAAGCGGUCCAGACCGCUGAAGACAUCCGUGAGGUGCUGCAAAGUGAUGAGCCUCUCCUGUUUGAGAUUCGGCGAGGCAAUGACGACUUACUGUUCAACAUCCACCCUCAAGUUGUUGUGCCCUGAAGAACAGCACCCUCAGUUUCUGUAAAGUGGGCCAGGACUCAGUAUUCUGGCAUUGAAGCUCCACUUGGCCUUGGACAACAUACUGCACAGAAUUCUGAACAAGUCAAAUAUGAACUGAUCUGUUUUCAGUUCUGAUGAACAUUUUGUUGGAUGCGUUUUGGUGAGCAGAAUAUUUCCUUGUUUUUUUUUCAUACAGCCUCUGUUUGAUUUACAUAGUAGUUUAUUGCAACAAUCAAAAUAGUGCAGAAGAAAAUAUAUUGCUUUGUAUAUUGUAAGAAGCUCCAAGAAUAAAAGCUUCCUAAAAAGGA